AUGGAUACUUACUUGAAUAGAGGAAAUGCAGUCAUCUGCACCCUUCUAGCGGCUCUCGCCUUGGCGGCCCUUGGAAAUCACUUUUCGACAUAUCUUCUGCAGGCCGAUCCGAUAGGAGAAGUUUCCAUCGCGGAAGUGUAUGAGUUCGGAGUCAACCAUGCACUGCAAGGCGAGCAAGCACAGGUGGCUCUGAAUAUCCAGGCAGACUUGACUAGUUGCUUCAAUUGGAACACAAAGCAGCUUUUCGUCUACGUCAUCGUCCGGUAUGAGACGCCGAAGAACUCGCGAAACGAAGUGAUUAUUUGGGAUCAUAUCAUAACGGAUCCCGAGGAUGCCGUUUUAGGUUUGGAGGGCGUUAUCAAUAAGUAUCCUCUAAGAGACCAUGGUCGGGGUCUCCGAAACCGAACUGUCACUGUUUCUCUUGAGUAUGCAUAUCACCCGGUUGUGGGGGUUAUCAAAAGUGGCCACGUCACCUCCUCCACUUACACUCUUCCGUCCACGUAUUUCCGCUACAAAAAGGGUAAUUAG